GUUUGACAGCUCCGAUUCUCAGAAAGGGGCGUCAAAGGCUGCUGCGAUAAAUGUUGAGAUAACGGAACCGUGGUCGCGCUUCUCCGCAUGGCUCGAGUGUGUGUGCGUCGUUACCUUCGACCUCGAGCUCGGACAAGCCAUUGAGGUGGUUUAUUCACAAGGUCACUCGGCAUGUGCAGUUUACAAGCGCCGCUUCAAACAAACUGCAUCUGAGAUCAGCAGAAAGAAUCAAAGGUGCUGGUUCUGCUAGAGGCUGGAGUUUGUUUUGUGGAGGAACACACCUUCGGGACAGUUAUGUGGAUGAAUCUACACAUUCUUUGUUUUUAUUCCACCUAUUGGCUGGAGUUUGUUUUAUAGAUUAUCUUCUGUUGUGUAAUUCUGUCUAACAAAAUUUGUAUAGAAACACCAGACUUGAGGAGGGCGUACAUGGACUGUUUGAGUUUAGAGGGAUGGACGCUGGUUGGCGCUGUCGUGCGCGGGGUUAAUGCGCACGUUUUUCUUUUUUCUGUUUGUUUUGUUCGGGGGGAAGUUUGGGGUUUGAUUGUUGCACUAAUGUGGAAUGUGGUCUUUAUAAUUUUAUUUUUUCUAAUAUGUCAAAAUGUGAAAUGUUAGUAUGAGUGGAUUGUCUCUCUCCACGUGGAAUGUGUUGGGGUACCCCAUAAAAAGAAGGAAGGUUAUUUCUCCUUUUAAACGUAAGAAAUAUGAUAUAGUGUUGUUUCAAGAAAUGCAUCUUUCCCUGCAGGAAGCUGAAAAAUUUGGGAAGAUAUGGGGUGGACAUGUUUUCUUUAGUGCUGGCUCAAGUAAGAGCAGGGGAAUCAUUACACAGAUAAGUAACAAUCUACAUUUCAAAUGUCUAAUACAGAUUAAAGAUAAAUUAGCAAAGUUUGAUUUUGGCUAAUAUUUACGCACCUAACGCUGAUGAUCAGGGGGUUUUUUUUAUAGAUCUUGAAGGGAUGUUGCAAGCCGCUGGCACCCCUCAUGAUAUAAUAUUGGGAGGACACUUUAAUCUAUUGAUGGACUCAGUCCUUGAUCAUAGUGAAGCAAAAGUGUGUAAGCCCCCUUUAGCAACAUUGACGCUUCACAGGAUGUGUAAAAAUCUUAGUCUUACAGAUAUUUGGAGACUUUUGAACCUAUCUGGUAGGGACUAUACAUUUUUUUUCAUUAGUCCAUAAGAUUUAUUCUAGAAUAGAUUUUUUUUUUAAUUAUAUCCAAAUCCCUCAUUUCAUCUGUUGUUGAUUGCUCAAUUGGAAACAUCUUAGUCUCAGAUCACACCCUGGUGAGUUUAGAGGUGUUGCCACAUACGGAGAAAAUGAAAUCAUGUAGUUGGCGCUUUAAUGUAUCCCUUUUGCAAAAUCCUAAAUUCCAACAAUGUUAAAGGCUGAAAUCAAUGUUUAUAUGGAGACCAACUGGUCCUCAGUAUCCUCUGUGGGUGUGGCUUGGGAGGCACUUAAGGCCAUUCUUAGGGUUUGGAUCAUACAGUAUGCCUCAUUCAUCAAAAAAUCCAAAACACGAGAACUCGUGGAGUUGAAAGGGAAUAUUAAAAGUGCCGAGACAGAGCUGAAGUGCCGAAUGUCAUCUGAUGGCCUCAGAGAAUUGACCCGAUUGAAAUACAGAUAUAAUACUACUUUGUUACGGAAAGUGGAGUUUUGGCUAAUCAGGGCAAGACAGUCAUAUUUUGAGUCUGGGGACAAAGCAGGGAAGCGUUUGGCUAGAUAUAUAAAGCAGAGAGAGUCUUUUUCCACCAUUCCCUCAGUGAAAUCUGCUGGUGGUGAAAUUUACCUCUGCUAAUGAUAUUAAUAAUGCUUUUAAAGAAUUCUAUCUUGAUCUCUGUAGUUCCACGUCUUCUUCUACUGAUGAAGAUAUUAAAAACUUUGUGGAACCAUUAGAACUCCCUAAACUGACGACUGAGCAAAACAGUUCUCUGAGAUAACCUUGGAGGAGCAUGGCGAGGUAAUUAAGGCCUUGCCUACAGGCAAGACUCCGGGGCCAGAUGGUUGCCUCUGAAUUUUUUAGAUCUUAUGCUACAGAACUGUCUCCACUUUUGUUAGAAAUUUAUACGGAAUCCUUAAAGAAUGGAAAGCUUCCACCAACCAUGACACAAGCCCGGAUCAUUCUGAUUUUUAAAAAGGACAAAGAUCCAAGCAAGUGUAAGAGUUACUGUCCAAUUUUCCUGAUCCAGCUAGAUGUAAAAAUAUUGUCAAAAAAUUUGGCUAACCGAUUAAGUAAAGUUAUGACACCUCUUAUACCUCUAGAUCAGGUGGGGUUUAUUUGGGGCUGCAGCUUUUCUUAUAACAUUAGGCGUUUCAUCACUAUCAUGUGGUCAGUGGUGAAUGAUCAGACUCUGGUCGCUGCCAUCUCACUUGAGGCCGAAAAGGCAUUUGAUAUGGUAGAAUGGGAUUAUCUUUUUAAGAUUUUGGAAAUGUAUGGGUUCGGGAAUACUUUUAUUGUAUGGAUUAAGUUACUUUAUAGACACCCAGUAGCGGCUGUACAAACAAAUGGAUUAAUUUCAGAUUAUUUUACUCUGGAUAGGGACACCCGGCAGGGUUGCUCUCUUUCCCCCUUAUUGUUCUGUCUUGCCCUGGAACCAUUAGCAGCUGCAAUAAGAAAGGAAGAUGAUUUAUCAGGGGUGGUGGGGGGAGGUAUGGCACAUAAGCUUUUGCUAGAUCUAUGCCUUGCCUCCACAGAAUUAUGAAUUCCUUUUCUAAAUUCUCAGGAUACAGAGUCAGUUGGUCUAAAUCCGAAGCUUUGGCUCUGACAGCAUACUGCCCAGUAACAUCUUUUCAGCCGGGUGCCUUCCAGUGGGCCAAACAGGGCAUUAAGUAUUUGGGCAUUUUAUUCCCAGCAAAUUUUUGUUAUUUUAGUUAGUUAAUUUUGACCCCUUAAUAAAAAGGUUUUCGAGCGAUUUGGUCAGAUGGGCUUCAUUACAUUUAUCUAUGAUUGGGAAGGUUAAUGUUAUUAAAAUUAAUUGUAUUCCAAAAUUCAACUACCUGCUACAAUCUCUCCCUGUAGAUGUCCCCCUCUCUUAUUUCAAGCAAUUUGAUAGCAUAGUGAAGUCCUUCAUUUGGAAUGGAGGUGUGUGGCUGUGAGUUACAGGAGGACCAAGGAUCAGAGAAAUUGUGGUCUCUGCAUCACAAAAAGAUGGACACAGCUGCAGGGCUUUUGUGCAACUGAUUGCUCUUGCCCUGACUACAGGUACCGGUCCCAGACAACUGAAACUACACCAUACAGCAGCAACAUUUUUAUGUACAUUUACAUAUCGUGGAAACCAAUUCUUAGAACAGCAGAUCUUGUACAAACCUUAAUAUAAAGGUAUUAACGCUCGUUUACCCCCAUGAUGUCAAACUCACAGAGAAGGAGAAAACAAGCAUCUGUUAUUUAUCCUUUCCUGACUCAUACUCAGGAUGCCUCGGGGACACUCACUUCAGCUUCAGACUGCGGCAGUCGGUGGGCCGGAGUGGCUCUUGGUUUGAACAAGAGGACAAGUACAACAGGGACGCCCCUGUGACUAUGCAGAAGGAGCAUGCACAUUUCCAUGGGUAUGUGUAUUUCAGACAAGUUAAAGAUGCAUCUGUCAAAAGAGGUUACUUUCAGAAGUCUCUGGUGGUGGUGUCCAGACUUCCAUUUGUGCACCUGUUCCACUCACUGCUAAAGGUCAUCGCUCCUGAAUACUUUGAAAAACUUGAACCUUGUCUGGAGACAGUCUGUAAUGAGAUUGACCAAUGGCCGGCACCGAUACCAGGGCAGACUCUUAAUUUACCUGUGAUGGGGGUGGUGAUGCAGGUCAGAAUUCCCUCAAAAGAUGAAGCACCAGGAGGAAGCCCUGUAAAACAAACACAGACUGAGCAUGUGCUCCCCGCCCCCACGAUUCUUCCAUCAGUUCAUGAGCUGGAUCUUUUUCAAUGUUUCCAGUCAAUCCUGAUUCACAUGCAGAUGCUCUGGGAGCUGAUGUUGCUAGGAGAACCAGUGGUUGUUAUGGCACCCUCUCCAACCGUCUCCUCGGAGACUGUGCUGGCUCUGGUCAGCUCCAUCACCCCACUGCGCUACUGUGGGGAUUACCGGCCCUACUUCACCAUUCAUGACAGUGAAUUCAAAGAGUACACCACCAGAACUCAGGCUCCGCCCAAUGUCAUACUGGGUGUCACAAACCCUUUUUUUAUAAAGACCUUUCAGUGCUGGCCACACAUCAUACGGCUUGGAGACCUGAAGAUGUCUGGUGAUUUGCCAAAGCAGGUGAAGACCAAGAAACUGGCCAAGUUGAAAACACUGGAUGCAAAACCAGGUAUAUACACAGCAUACAAGACAUUCUUACACAAAGAUAAAGCGCUCAUCAAACGACUCUUAAAGGGUAUCCAGAAAAAAAGGCCAUCAGAGGUUCAGAGCAGCAUCAUGAGGCAGCAUCUACUGGAGCAGACAAAGAGUUUCAUUCUCCCACUGGAGCAGUAUUUGUCCACUCUGAUGCCCCCACAGAGAACUGUGACUCCAUGGAAGACCCCUCCUCAGAUCCGGUCCUUCAGUCAGGAGGAGUUUUUGAAGACCCUGGAGCAAGUAGGGCCGCAGCUUACCUCUGUGCUGAAAGGAGACUGGAUGGGCCUGUACAGACGUUUUUUUCGUUCUCCAAACUUCGAUGGCUGGUAUCGUCUCAGACACAGAGAGAUGACUCAGAAAGUAGAAUGUCUUCAUUUAGAGGCCAUCUGUGCAGCUGAUCUGCUGACUUGGACCAAAGACAAAUCAGAGGUAGAAAUUGUUGACCUCAUCCUGAAGCUGAGAGAGAAAGUGAUGAGAGCUCGAAAGCACCAGCUUCCAGUGAAAGAAGAGCUACUGGAGAGAUUGGAGCAGUCCAUUCAGACCAUCAUCAGCUCCUUGCCAGAGGAUCUACAGACAGUAUUACAUAGACAUUGACAAUCAUACUCGUUAAUACUGACCAGCAGACCCACUGACUUAUAAACAUACUGUUUGUGCCACAACACUAAUGUUCCAGAAUCACUAAUAUCAGCACCCAUACCAGCCAUAUAUCAGCCUCUGACAUCAAUCAACAUGUAAUCCACCGGUAAGCCCAUAUACUACCUAAACAGCCUUUUAUAUGGGACGUACAGGAGAGAAACUCUAACCUGUGAGCACUAUCUGACAAGGAAUCAUUUUAAGUGUCCACUAGGCUUUACUAGACAUCAGCAGUCUAAACAGCCAUUUUAACAGUAUUUUAAGGCCUGCAGUCAGUUAGCACAGCAUGAACACCUUCAGACAUAGUUUAUUUUAUAAAUCAGAUGGAUAAACAAAAGGGUUAAAUAAGAUGAACUAAUGGACUUUUAAUGACCAAAUGCACCAUUUACUUAAUGAAGUUCAUAAAUAGGUCUGCCAUGUUCACUUAGGAAGCUUUUAGGAUUAUUUAAUUAUUAUUUAUUCAA